AGAGCGUGUGAGAGGGCGCGUGAAGGAGCGGGUGAGGCAGCGUGUGAGAGAGCGCGUGAGAGAGCACGUGAGAGAGCGCGUGAGAGAGCGCGUGAGGAAGCACGUGAGAGAGCGCAUCAGAGAGCACGUGAGAGAGCGCGUGAGGGUGCGCGUGAGGGUGCGCGUGAGGGUGCGCGUGAGGGUGCGCGUGAGGGUGCGCGUGAGGGUGCGCGUGAGGGUGCGUGUGAGAGAGCGCUGA